UUUGUCCAAUCACAUCAUGUUAUGACGACACGACUUGUUUAAGUAGGGCAGUGUCGCAAUAAUUUGACAUUCACUCUACUAGCUACAACAAGAACGACUGAAAACAUGGCGCCACUAAUCAACAUUUGAGCUUUUAUAUAGGUGGAAAGAAAUAUAUUCUGGUGAAAAUGAAGCCUUUUCGUACAGUACAACUGACGACAGAGAAUAAUCGAUUUGUUUUAGACGAGGAAUAUCAGAAUACGUGAGGAUAAUUCCUAGAAUCAUGGACAUCGCUCAAGAAAAAAUGGCAUCACGUGUUGAUUUUAGGAAGGGUUCUCAUCGAACUGCGAUGGAGAGGUUUGGCGACGGGGGUAUGGCGCUUCUACCGUGGACCAAGCACGUACUGACCGUACUGUGGGAACAACUACGGGUGUUGGUCCAUGUCAUUUACUACAGCUUCUUGGCAGUUUUCCAAAUGUUCAGGUUUGAAGUCCACCUGAGAAUCACGGAUGAAACUGGUCAACACGUCCAGCACAUGACCACGGCAUCAAAUCCAGCCGAAUCCUUCCUCUUCUCCUCAUUGUUUGACCGUGAAGAAAGUGUCAUGCUUGCUGGCUCUAACCCCCUAUCGAAUUUCUGUGGGGACGUGGGUGAUUCUUUCUCUGGGAAUUCCCACGCAGGGUCCCUUCUGUCCAGCCUACGGGCUGAGGAGCUGUGCUGUGGAUUGGUGGACGACUUUGUGUCCCGUGCCACAAUGGAUAGCGAAGAUGGACUUUGCCUUGGACUCCACCCCAGCUGGAAACUGGGCUUUCCAGGUGACUGGAACCUGUUUAUGAGCAGCACUGACAGCAGCUCCAGCUCAGAUGAAAUGUGUUGCAAGAACAAGGAGAAAGUGUUUGACUUCAAACCCAAACAUGACACCAAUGAAGAUGAUAUGGAUCUUAACUGGGGAAAGGAGGAUGACCGAAACAUGGGUGAGUUUGACAGCGAGGACAGUAAAGCACUUUGGGAGUCCUUGUCCAUCUCCAGCGACCCCUACAACCCCUUGUCUUUCUCUGCCUGCAUUUCAAGCUGCUCCAAUAUGGGGGAAACAAAGAAUGAAGAUUGUGUUGGGUGCCGCCUCGAAUGUAACUUAUCCAGCAGGCCCGGCGAAGAACUUCAAGAGACCUGUGGUGGCGUGAACUUCUGGAGCAGCCGUUCAGAUAGUGAAAGCAGCUGGGGCAGUUCUGAAGGUUCGUGCGCAGACCUAGACAAAGAGGAGAGUGAGAGGCUCUGGGAGCUCUUCACCAGCCCUACCGACCCAUAUAACCCCCUGUGCUUCACGGCAUCUGUAGUCAGCUCAGUCCCUCACACAGACAAAACACUUAUACACUUCCAGGAAGCUGAAAGGGCCUCAGUCAUGACCUCAUGUUCUUCUGACACAGAGAGGGAGAGCGUGGGCCAUUCCUCUUCUGAGGAUGAUGAGGAGCAGCAUCUAUGGAUGUCCCUCUCCCAAAACGACGACCUUUACCACCCGCUGAACUUCCGUACAUGCUUCCAGAGAUCCCCUAAAACCACAGAACCACCUGCCUUCAGCACUAAAGACCCACUCAGUCCACAGAGCUGCCCCACAGAGACACCACUUGGCCAGGCUAAGCAGAGGGGGACCAAAAGCCCCCAAACAACCAGGCCCACAAAGCCUUGUCUACCCAAGAGACAGCAGAAGCACCAUUGCCACCCAGCUACUACACUGGUGCCCUGGAGAAGACCUGAAGCUAAAGUUACACAGGAAGACAAGGAUAUCCAUCCUCUAAAAAAGGUGCGGUUCUCACCACUUGUUCAGGUCCACGUGAUGCGUACUUGGCCCUUCGCUCGGCAUGUGUCUCGCAAAGGACCCUGGGAGGAGCUAGCCCGAGACAGAGGCCGGUUCCGAAGGAGGAUCCAGGAAGCAGAGCAUGCCAUUGGCUACUGCUUCAUUCAGUCUCACAGAGAGAAGAUCUGGGCCAAUCUGCUAAGCAUUUCAACAUCAGCCACACCUCUGGUCCAAGAGCUCCGAACAAAUGUUUUUCCAUAAUUUUCUAUUAGACUUUUGACUAGUUGCAAUGCAACAUAUGUUUUUAGGUCAAUUAGAACAAAGGUGGUCCUAGGCCAAUAGGAUUUGGCAUCAAAUUUUACCCGCACUGUACCUCAAAACACUCAAGUGACUGUUGCACUGAUUUUAUAUUUAUUAUAGUUUUUAAUCUUGUAUGUUAUGUACUGUUGUAUGCCUUACUUACUGACCCAGCAAUGUAAUUUAUUCAUGCCCUAUGGAGCUUGUUUUUAUUGUAAAUGUUUUAAGUGUUUGAAUUGUAUCAGUUUUGAAAUGUUCAUCUAAAUCUAGGUAAGUGGUGUGUUUAGAACUCUUAUUAUUAUUAGCAGAUGGUAUUUGUGAUCAUACCGUAGUUGAUAAAUAAAGCCUUGUUUCACACCAUAAUCAUUAUGGACUGUCUAUAUUAAUCUUAACACAUUCUGAAUGUUCCUAAGCAGGUUAAAGGAAGGAUUCACCCACUUUGAAUGUUAUAUAGAUUUUGUGCAUCUCUGAGCAGUGUAACAUUCAAAAGACUGAAUCUUGACUUUAACAUCAUUAGGACUUUGGAAAAGCAACAACUAAGCAUCUGCUUUUACAUGUCAAUUACGUGAAGAAUCGGUAUAAAUUCUGUUGGUGUGAUAAUUUUACUGGAAAGCAGUGUUGUAGUACCAGCACUGGGACUAGACUUGGAUUCAAGUCAUGUUUUUGACUCGUGACUCGACCAGAGGUGACUUUGUCAGUCUCUCCCUUGCACAAUUCAACAUUCUAGCUGUAACAGCAAAUGUUAGAUACACAGUAAAUUUUCCAGUGUUUAAAGUAAAUUAUUGUUUUGUGUAAAGCCUUAUUUGCAUAUUUCCAAGAGUACCUUGCCACAAGUAAGUUGUAUUUACCCCACCAUGACUAUUUGUUAGUGACAAAGACAUAGUUGCAUUUAUUCAUCCAUUUUCAGUCCUGUGCCCUUCAAGUGAGAUCCUAAGCAAAUAUGUUAUUAUUCAAAUUAAAUUCUUAAACGCAAUGCAACAAGUAAUAUGGCCUUAUUUGAGAGCAUAGUUUUGCCCUUAUACAGUGGCCUGAAACUGAUGAUUUUCAGGCAUACAAGUUGCAUUAUGAUGGCUUGCAAAAUGUGUAAUUCCUGUUGGAAUCCAGCCCGAGUGGGGAUAUCCAAUAUGUUUUAUUUUAUUCACCAGCAACCUGGAUUCAGGACGACUGUGACUGCCGGGUUGGGAAGCAGUGAUGGAUUGUUCGCGAACGAAUGAGACUGAGGGGUUCUUUUUGGUGAACCUUGGGAACCGAAUCGCAUCGGUAAAAGAGCCGUUCAUUUGGAUCCCUGAUUUCCAUACUGCUACUAUUGCUUUUUGAGUUUCAACAACCCUUAUCUGCAAAUAAAUUACAAAAUGAAUUAUCUGAA